AUGUGUGCACAUGAAGGAACAGAUUUAGAAGAUAUGACGAUGUAUCGACAAUUGGUAGGUAGUUUGAUUUAUUUAACUCAGACUCGACCUGAUAUUUCUUUUGCAGUUGAUGUGACGAGUCGCUACAUGCAUAAUCCAAAGAAGCAUCACAUGGAGGCUGUUUGGCGAAUACUAAGAUAUGUGAAAAGUACAAUUGAUUCUGGUCUUUUGUACAAGAAAGUUGAAGAAUGCGAGCUGGUCGGAUAUUGUGACUCUGACUAUGGAGGGGACCAUGAUACUCGUCAUUCAACUACUGGUUUUGUGUUUAAGCUUGGAGCUGGAGCAAUUUCUUGGUGCAGCAAAAGGCAACCAACAGUUUCGAUGUCAACAACACAAGCAGAGUAUCGAGUAGCAGCAGUUGCAGCUCAAGAAAGUACAUGGCUUAUGCAGUUGAUGAAGGAUUUGCAACAACCAGUUAGACAUGUUGUUCCCUUGUACUGUGACAAUCAGUCAACGAUUUGCUUGGCUGAAAAUCCUAUUUUUCAGGCAAGAACUAAGCAUGUGGAAAUACAUUACCACUUCAUCAGAGAAAAGGUGUUGCAAGGAGAGAUUGACUUGAAGCACAUUAAAACCGAGCAGCAAAUUGCAGACGUGUUCACAAAAUGCUUAAGUGUGAAUAAAUUUGAAAGUUUAUGUCAACAACUGGGCAUGGUUAUGACAGGAGCUGAUGUUGAGAGGGAGCGUUAA